CUCUGCCUUCGCACCCGGUCCUGCUGCUCCUCUCGCCUCACCCGCUCUCGCUCUGUUUCUGCACCUGCCAGCUGUGCGAGCCGGUCUCGUCUCCGUCUAAUCGCUGCACAGCCCGUCGGGUGCACAGCCUAUCUCUUCCUUCUCUCGCCCGCCUGCCCGACCCGCGAUAGACCACCGCCGACCUCUGCGAAGCACCGCGCCCGCCUCUUCUGACCGGCGCCCCGAUGGGCCAGCGCGGCGAGCCCUCUGCGCCUGGCAGGGCCGCACAGCUCGCCUCGCCCAGCCAGGCGCCCAAGGCCGCCGCUGCCGCGCCGCUCUUCUCCAAGCGAGCGCGCCAGAUCCAGGCCGACUCGGGCGUCGCCGCGCCGGCGCCAUACCUGCCGCCUGCGCUGCGCGAGGGCGCCAGCCUUGAGCAGCAGGAAGGCACUGCCGGCCCGCUCUUUGCGCCGUCGGGCACCGGCAAUGCCAAGGGCCGUGCGCGCGCCGGCACGCUGCCGUCGUCGUGGUCGUCCGGCGAGGGCACGCAGCGCUUUGCCUCGCCGCUCGCCGCGCGGCUCGAGUCGCUGCGCUCGUCUGGCGUGGCCGACCCGCCGGCGGGCUCUGCGGCUGGCGCCAGCGCCCCUGAGCCCGCUCCGCUGCCGGGCCGGCCGCCGUCGCACUCCAUCUCAGGCGGUGCCUUUGGCGGCGCAGCACCUGGCGGCGGCGCUGCCAACCGGCUCGCAGCGCUGCGAGACAGCGAUGCCGGUGCCGCGAGUCGCCUGCGCUCCGGCAGCCUGGCGAGCGCUCUGCCAGCGCUAGGCAAGAACGCCUUUGGGCCCAGCAUGUUCUCAAGCACCUGGAACCAGGCCGCGGCGGCCAUGCACUCGGACCAGCAGGGCUUUGCCGGCGGGCAGCGAGGAAGCGGAGUGGCCUUUCUAGAUGACGGUAUGUCGCACAUCACCUCCACUGCGCGCCCGAGUCUCGCAGAGAGCCUCGAUGGCUCGGAGGACGUGCAGACGCUGGACUACCUCGGCCUUGCCGGCGGCAGCCCUCGCGGCGCGGGUGCUGCCGAGCGGACGCCCAUGCCGACCUUCGCCUCGCGGCAUCGUGCCAGCACGCUGGCCGCGGUGCCGCACAAUGGCGUCGGGCGUAAUGGUGCCGUUGACAGCGUCAGUGCGCUGCUGGCCAACGCCGGCACUGGCGGUGUCUCCGACGAGGAGAUCUACGAUGCAUAUGCGCGCGAGCACGGCAUCGACCCACAGGCGUUUGCGGCUGCUGCAGUCGCAGCUGGCUUUGCGCCGUCGUCCUCUUCCAGUCUCGGCCAGCCUGCCAGACUGCGCGCCGGCACGGUCGCAGCUCUGGGCGGACCUGGAGGGCGACAGCGCACCGAGCAGGAGCUGCUGCGCCUGGCGAUGGCCGGCCACUUCCUUGGCGGUGGCGCAUCCAGCGCGCUGGGCAGCCACACUUCGCAGAGCAUGGCUGCCUCGCUCAGCGGCGGCGGCUUCGGCGGCGGCUACUCUGCGCCGCUCGAGGGCUUCCCGCACGUCGAUGUCUCGACGCCGCCGCCGGAGCUCAACUCCUUCUCGCACACCGUCCAUUCGACGCCGACCCAGACGCACCGCGGCGCCGUCGCGCCCUCGACGCCCGGCGCAGAGUCGCGCACGCCGCAGAUACCCGGCCGCUCCCUGUGGAUCGGCAACCUCCAUGCGUCGACGACCGGGCAGGAGCUGAUGCACGUGUUCGCGCCAUACGGCGCCAUCGAGAGCCUGCGUCUGCUGCCAGAGAAGGAAUGCGGCUUCGUGAACUUCGUUGAGGCUGCGGACGCCAUCCGCGCACGCGAUGACGUCCUGCAUCGCCUUGGCGGGCGCAUCGGCAAGGGCACAGGUCCAAAUGGCUCAGUCAGAAUCGGCUACGGCAAGACGGACUCUGCUCCCGCGGCGCCCGGUACCGCCAGCGGCUACAACACGCCAGGCGGACGAGGCGGCCCCACUGGCGGCAUUGGCAGCCCACGCACAGAGCCGGUCACCUUCGAGAGCGGACCGGGCACGCCGGGUGCUGAGAUUGGCCCUACGCGUGCUCUGUGGGUGGGCAGCAUUCCGAGCUCGACGACGCCGUCCACACUGCUCUCCAUCUUCCAGCCGUUCGGCCCGAUCGAGAGCGCGCGCGUGCUGACGAACAAGAACUGCGGCUUUGUCAACUUCGAGCGCGUCGACGACGCCGUCAUGGCGCGCAAGAUGCUCAAUGGCCGCGACGUGCUCGGCAGCGAGAAUGGUGUGAUGCGCAUCGGCUUCGCCAAGGUGCCGACGCGCAAUCUCGACAACUAUCCGGGCGACCCGUCGAACGCUGGCUUUGCUGCGGCCAUCGAGGCUCUGGCGGAGCUCAAGGGCGCAUCGUCGGUGCCGAUGACUGCCGAGCAGCAGGUGCUCUCCGGCGGCAUCGAGAACUACCGAAGCAAUCUGGUCGCCGAUCUGCUUGCGCAGCAGCAACGGCAGGCUCAGAACAGCGCUGCAGCGCCGACUGCCGUGCCUGGCGCGCCGGCGAUGCACAUGCGCACCGCCUCGUCUCUUGGCACUAGCUCGUCCAACAGCAUCGUGCCUAGCAGCGACAAGGGCGGUGUGCCGCUGCCAUCCGACAUGGUGCCGCGCCCGGCUGUGUCGGACCUGCAGCUGCUCAUGCGCGAGCUGAGCGACGGCGACGACGACGUCGAGGCAGACGUUGCAAGCGUCUCGUCAUUCCGCCCGCCGGCGACAUACUACACGACCAUCCCGCUAGUCUCCGAGGUCUCGACGAGCCGCCGCUUCGACACGAGUCGCCUGCGCGAGCUGCGCAAGACGAUCGAGAACGGCCAGUGCACGCAGGACUCGGUCGACGCCAUCGCCAGCGACCACAUGGACGCCAUUGUGGACCUGGCGAGCGACUACAUUGGCAACACCGUUGUGCAGAAGCUCUUCGAGCGCUGCUCGGACCGCGUCAAGCACAUCAUGCUCGAGCGCAUCGCGCCGCACCUGGCGAUGAUCGGCAUCCACAAGAACGGCACGUGGGCCGCGCAGAAGAUCAUCGACACGGCACCGGCGCCCGAGCAGGUUGCCAUCAUCGCGCAGAACCUGCGGCCGUACGUGCCGCCGCUGCUGCUCGACCAGUUCGGCAACUACGUGGUGCAGUGCUGCCUGCCGUGGGUCGGCGACAAGUCGGACUUCAUCUUCGACGCCAUGGUCGACCGCUGCUGGGAGAUCGCGCAGGGCCGCUUCGGCGCCCGCAGCAUGCGCGCGUGCCUAGAGAAUCAGUACGUGUCGAAGCGGCAGCGCAAGCGCGUCGCCAUCGCGAUCAUCCUCAACUCGGUGCCGCUCGCCACGAGUCCGAACGGCGCGCUGCUGCUGACCUGGCUGCUCGACACAUCCGGCCUGUCGGGGCGCUACCGCCUCCUGGCACCGCGCUUCUCGCCGUACCUGGGCAACCUGUGCACGCACAAGCUGGCGUCUCUCACGGUACUGCGCAUCGUCUGCCAGAAGUCCGAGCCGGGCGCCAGCCGCACGAUUCUCUCUGCGCUCUUCGACUCGCCGAACGACGCCGUCCUUGAGGAAGUGCUGACGGAUCAGGUGCACGGCUCGCAGUUCGUCACCAAGGUGCUGGCGUCCAACUGCUUCGACGCCGAGGCACGCGCCCGCUACGUCGAGCAGGUCAAGCGCAUCGUGCUGGCCCACUCACUCAUCGGCGUGCCGGCGUACCGCAAGCUCGUCGAGGACCUCGGCCUGCCUGCUGGUCCCGCUCCGGGUCAGAUCGGCGGCGUUGGCGCGACGCCUCGCACAGACUUGGGCUUGGCACCGCAUCUCGGUCCGUUCCUGCCGACAGGUGCCACCGUGCCCCAGCAAUCUCGCUUCGCCGCCCCGCCAGUGCCGGCCAGCCAGCAGCAAGAGAUCAGCGCUAUGCUGGCGCAGAUGCAGCUGCAACAGGCCGGCAUGUUCUCGCCCAGCUCCGCCCUCGCGCAGUCCGGCUACAUGGGCGGGGCCGGAGCCGAGCGCCAGAUGCCCUACAAUGCGGCGUCGGGCCGCGGGCCAGCCGCCGAGAACGGCGCGAACUCCUCGUCGAGCUUCCCGGCACACAUGCGCUCGCCGCAGAGCGAUGCCUUCAACCCGUGGUCCAACGCCGCGUCCGACUGGGAGCGCAGCGCAUCGACCGGCCUGAGCCCCGGCCAAGGAGGCACGCCGAACUCUCAUCUGGCGCCACGCUUCGGCACGAGUCCGAACGGCCAGCACUCGAGUCCCGGCCAGCAGGCGGCGCAGUCUCAGCCUUUCGGCCAGAUGAGCCGGCAUCCCUUCCUCGAGCAGCUCGGACGCGGGCCGUUCUCGAUGCAAUAGCUCGAGCUGCUCUUUCCUCUUUCCUCCUCGUUCCUCAAUCCCUCCUCAACGCACUGAUCCCGCAUACACGCUCCUGCUUUGCUCUCUCUCUUCCUCGGCACCAUUUACCCGUCCGUUCCGGCACGCGACCCUUCCGUCGCCCCCCGAAGUGCGCUACCUCUUGCCCGAAGCUGCGACUCGACUAGACCCAGCCGCUCGGCCUACGCUCCGUCGCCCUCUCUAUUUCCUCUUUCCGCUCCUCUCUCACUCAUCACAUGCUUCGCUUUUCGACAACCCACAACCCACAGACGACCCCCAUGCUCUCUCUCUCUCUCUCUCUUGUCUAGCCAACGGCCCUCGCUCGCGCGUCACGCACACCCUCCUCACCGCCCCUAACUUGACAAUCUCUAUGACGAAGUACUUGCA